AUGUUGAAUUCAGGAUUUUGUAAUUCUUCCAAAGUUAUUGGAAGUUAUUAUUCCAAUGUUGGAAAUGGUGUUAAUUUGAAGAACUGGGUGCUACUGGGAGCAGCAAAUACUUAUUUUGGGGCAUCUAGAUCCAUUCAUGGCUCAGCGCCUUUGGCAAGAGACUUUUAUGAUCUUCUUGUAGUUAAUAAAAAUGCAGGUUCUUCUGAAAUAAAGAAAGCAUACUAUGGGCUUUCAAAAAAGCUACAUCCUGACACACACAAAGAUGAUCCUGAAGCUGAAAAGAAAUUUCAAGAAGUUUCAUUGGCAUAUGAGGUUUUGAAGGACGAGGUUACGCGCCAACAAUAUGACCAGGUGAGGAUGACAACGAGGAUGGUGAACGCACAUAGUGGAUGA